GGGCGCUUGCACAUACUUGCAAAAAUAUCAAGGCUUUCUGCAUUCUCAGUCAACUUGAAGAACAAGACCUCGUAGACACUUCUCCUUCAUUUCUUGGUCCAUCCUUAACCGUUACACUGUCAUCUGCAAAGCUAUAGCGAUCAAGUUCACCGUUGCACUCUCGACGUCCUUUCAUAAGUGCUAAUGAAAGCGAAUUACAAGUUUUCGAACUUGUGUGGCACCGUCUAUAGGCAGGGAAACAUUGUUUUUACUCCAGAUGGAAACUCGGUCUAUAGUCCAGUGGGGAACAGGGUGUCUGUGUUUGACCUCGUGAACAACAAGUCACAUACUUUCCCGUUUGAGAACCGCAAGAACAUUGCUGCUAUUGCACUUAGCCCGGAUUCCAAUGUGUUGAUCAGUGUGGAUGAAGAUGGCAGAGCUUUGCUUGUGAAUGUACGACGAGGUGUUGUGCUGCAUCACUUCAAUUUCCAGAAACCGGUCAAAGCCAUCAAGUUCUCCCCGGAUGGCAAGUACAUUGCUGUCACGCACGAUUCUCAUGUACAAAUAUGGAGAACUCCGAAUCAUCUUGUGCGAGAGUUUGCGCCGUUUGUCCUGCAUCGAACAUAUACAGGACACCACGACGAAGUUCUGAGUAUCGAAUGGUCCCCGGAUUCAAGGUGUUUCUUGACAACCUCGCGAGAUAUGACUGCUAGGCUGUUUACACUCGAUCCCAUGGAGGGCUUCCGACCGAAGACCUUUGCUGGCCAUCGUGAUAUUGUCCUUGGUGCAUACUUCUCCUCAGAUUGCAAGACGAUUUACACUGUCAGUAGAGAUGGCGCUGUGUUCAUCUGGAAAGCCAAACCGAAAGAAGCAGACUCCGACACUGAUGAAGAUGACGACGAGCCGAUGGCCUCUACUUCGCAGGCUGCAAACCAACUGACAUACGAAAUCGCGAAUACUCGGUGGGGAGUACACAAACGGAAAUACUUCAAUCAACCGGGCACCAAAGUUGUCUGCAGUACUUUCCACAAGGCCUCGAACCUGCUCAUCGUAGGUUUUUCAAAUGGAGUCUUCGGUCUUUGGGAAAUGCCUGCAUUCAGCAACAUCCAUACGCUCAGUAUCUCACAAGAGAAAAUAUCCUCCGUGGCAAUCAGCGCCUCGGGUGAAUGGCUUGCUUUCGGCGCGCGGAAACUAGGUCAGCUCCUAGUAUGGGAGUGGCAGUCCGAAUCCUAUAUAUUAAAACAACAAGGCCAUUACUUUGAUAUGAACACCUUGGCAUACGCUCCAGAUGGUCAGAAUGUCGCCACCGGCGGUGAUGACGGCAAAGUCAAAGUCUGGAACACAACCUCUGGAUUUUGCUUCGUCACCUUCACUGAACAUUCAGCCGCUGUCUCUGCUGUUGAGUUCGCAAAACAAGGCCAAGUUCUGUUCUCGGCAUCCCUGGACGGAACCGUCCGCGCCUUUGACCUCAUUCGAUAUCGAAACUUCCGUACCUUCACCUCACCUGCUCCCGUCCAAUUCUCCUGCUUGGCCGUCGACCCUAGCGGAGAGGUUGUCGCCGCUGGCUCUAUUGACUCGUUCGAGGUCUUCCUUUGGUCAGUACAGACAGGCAAGCUACUCGACGUCCUCGCAGGGCACGAAGGUCCAGUCAGUUCGCUAGCAUUCUCACCGGCAGGUAACCUUCUCGCCAGCGGGUCUUGGGACAAGACAGUGCGAGUGUGGAACGUCUUCACUCGUUCACGCGCAGUCGAGCCAUAUCAGCUCAGCGCAGACGUUCUGGCUGUUGCAUUCCGACCUGAUGGCAAGGAGUUGGCUGCUUCUUCGUUAGAUGGGCAGAUCAUGUUCUUUGACGUUUCAGCUGGCAAACAGACCAACGUCAUCGAGGGCCGAAAAGAUAUCUCAGGAGGGCGUAAGGCAGACGAUCGAAUGGCCGCGUCGAAUAAUGCUUCUGGCAAGUCGUUCAAUAGCAUCACCUACACCGCUGACGGCCAGUGCAUCCUCGCUGGUGGAAACAGCAAAUACAUCGUCAUCUACGAUGUACGAGAAGGCGUGAUGGUGAAGAAGUUCCAAAUCAGCCAGAACCUCAGUCUGGAUGGAACGGAGGAGUUCUUGGAUAGUCGGAAAGUGACAGAAGCGGGUAACGUCGACCUCAUUGAUACCAGAGGUGACGAGAGUGACUUGGAAGAUCGAAUGGAUUACGCGUUACCUGGGGUGACUCGUGGAGAUUUAUCAAAGAGGAGAUAUCGCCAAGAAGCCAGGACGAAAUGUGUCCGAUUCUCACCCACAGGACGUGCUUGGGCUGCAGCGUCAACCGAAGGCUUGCUCAUCUACUCCGUCGACGACAGUCUCACUUUUGAUCCCUUCGAUCUCGAUAUCGACCUUACCCCUCAAUCCCUUCUCGCCGUCCUCGCCAAGAGGGAAUAUCUCAAAGCGCUCGUAAUGGCAUUCCGUCUAAAUGAGAAGCCUCUCAUUCACAAAGUGUACGAGAGCAUACCUCGGAAAGACGUUCGACUCUUGGCACGACAAUUACCUGCUGUCUAUAUCGGACCUCUGUUGCGUUUGGUGUCGGAGCACUUAGAGAAGAGUCCUCAUCUCGAGUUCGACUUGAUCUGGGUGACGGCGCUUCUGGGAGCACAUGGUCGUCUCUUGCGCGAUCGGUCUGGGGAAUACGCAAGCGUAUUCAGGAUAUUGCAGAAAGGUCUGUCGGAUUCGGAACAGACCAUAUCUCGAUUAUGCGAGGAAAACAGCUCUACCCUGACGUACCUGAUCGAUCAAUCAAAAGUGAAGUCGUUGAGUACUAGUCUAGGCGUACAAAUGUCAAAUGGCUUGUUUUAAUAUUAGCAGGGAUUGUUUGUUUCUUUUUCUUGACUUUGUCGCCAUGGGACAAUUUGCAAGUGUAACCUCCGGCGUGGAGUACUACAAAACGUAUCAGCUCUGUAUGACUGACUGCACCUAGUUUAACUAAGAGACUAUGAUAACUAGCAAACUCGGCCUUUAUACAAGUCUCUUAAAGAAUGCUUGGUGCUCCGUAGAAGCGUAACGAGUAUCGCGAUAUGGCAUAAAACAUAUAAAGUCGUUGUCGUUGUCGUCGCGUUCGUGGAACAAGGUGUAGUGGGGACUACAAACAAUCAAAUAGUAGAAUGAUA